GUCAUGUCAAAGUUGUGGAGCUGCUCAUUAAGAAUCAGGCUGAUCUCAAUGUAGCCAACAAGGACGGAGACACAGGUCUGCAUGUAGCGUGUAGAGAGGGUCAUGUCAAAGUUGUGGAGCUGCUCAUUAAGAAUCAGGCUGAUCUCAAUGUAGCCAACAAGACCGGAGACACAGGUCUGCAUGUAGCGUGUAGCGGGGGUCAUGACAAGGUUGCGGAGCUGCUUAUCAGGAACCGAGCUGAUCUUCUGAGGACUAACAAGGAUGACGAUCGUCCGAUGGACAUUGCUACUGUAACAUCUUCUUCAAUGGCAAGGCCACUGGACCGAAGUACAAUAUUAUUGGUAGAAACAGAAACACGGAAGCAGGCAGAGUACGGCGAGAUGGUCUCCUCUCUGGGUUCUGAAGAAGAAACAACAGUCAAGCUGAUUCUUUCUGGAGAUGGGCAGGUCGGAAAAACAUCCUUAGGGGCCAUUCUAAAAAAGACUGGCUUCUUCCUGGCUGUUUUAUGGAACAUUCGGACGAAGGUCAGAAAGGAAGACUUCAACCCCACCCCAGGAGUGCACGUGUCAAGUAAAUACGUGAAGGGGAUCGGGAGACUGAGUCUGCAUGACUUCGCAGGACAGGCGCAGUUCUACGUCACACACGCCAUGCUGCUCCGUACAACAAACGCCAUCUUCCCGGUCGUCUAUAAAAUCACAGAUGGGGAGCAGGAACAGGAACGUCAGGUCCAUGGUUGGCUAAGUUUCAUCAACCACAGUAACCCAGAUCCCACCAACAUGCCCCGGAUCGUCUUGAUCGCCAGUCAUGCUGACAAGCUACAAGAUAAGAUAGCAGGUCUCCGCCGCGCCGAAGCCAUGGUUGAACACUACAGGAAACUGUUCGAGGGGGCACUGGUGGUGUCACCGGAGGUGUUCCUGAUGAACUGCCUGAAAGCGGAGUCAGCUGACAUCAGACGACUGCGACACGUGCUUGCUGCUAUCAAGGAAGAAAUUCUGCAGGACCGACAGGCUGUUCCAAAGGUCUGUGUGCAGCUGAUGUCCAACCUGGCAUGCUGGAGGGAGGAGAGACAGACGUUCCCGGUACUGCAGUGGGAGGAGUACCUGGCAGUUGUUCAACGGGACAUUUCCGUCAGCCUAGCAGAGAGAACUGUGCAGCUCGCGUCAUCAUACCUGCAUGAUAUUGGAGAGAUUAUCUACCUUCGCCGCGAUGCCACUGCUGUGGUAGUUUUGUCCCCCCAGUGGUUGUACACGUCAGUCUUUGGCAUUCUCCUGGCUCCUGACAACUUCCCCAUCGACAACAUCAAGCGAACUGCCCAAGAUCACGUCACCUAUGAGGAACUCCAGCGGGUCUUCGGCACUGUUGCCGACAUCCCUCUGCUCAUCAGGCUGCUGCAGGACUUCCAGCUCUGCCACACGUUCGACGGUCACACCUUCAUCCUCCCCAGCCUGCUGAAACAGGAGAUAGACGAGAGGGCGUGGUCUCCUGUGUCCGGCAAGGCUGUCUACUUCGGGAUGCAGAUCCGCUGCCGCACGGAGAUCGACAGCUUCUCGUGCGACCUGUUCCCCCGGCUACAGACGCUGCUGCUGCAGGCACAUCCAGACAAGCUCAGCCAACCUCUGCUGUGGAAGAACAGCGCCAAAUGUACCGACGGGAAGGCCGAAGCGCUGCUGCAGAUCUCACAAGACAGGAGGAAGCUCAACAUCUUCGUCAGGAGCAACGAUGGCGACAGGGAGGACUGCAACUCCAUCAUGGACCUCCUGACAGACAUGGCGUACAAACUCCUGCAUGAGACCAGCCCAGGAGCCAGGUCACAAGACAUGGUGCUCAGCGCCCUGGACCUCCGGGAACACAGUCCGCAGCCUCACGCCUACAGCAGGGAAGAGGUGGAGGAGACGGCGGGGGCGGGCAGGGACGUCGUCCAUCCUCAGAGGAAAGUCCCGGAAAAGGUCAAGGACCUCCUGUUGCACCUCGGAAACCUGAAAGGCAUGCUGGGAAGAGUGGCCCGGAAGCGUCCCCAGCUGGUGGAGACCCUGCGUCGCAUCAGCCCCAUCCUGGACCAUCUUCGGGCCGAGGACGUCAUCAGCCCGGAAGAGAACGACCGCAUCCGGGCUACCAGGACUGCCAGGAGUCCCCAGGAUGCAGCGGGCGAGCUGCUGGACAUCCUAGAGGCCAAAGGUGAACAGGCGUGCAUCGGGUUUCACAAGGCUUUGAAAAAUGUUGACCAGUUUGCUGCCAGCCUCUUACUAGAGGAGGAAGCAAUGCAUAUUAGGAAAUAGGCUGCAGCAAGUU